AUGCCUUUAGCCCUUGAAACCAACAUGAGGUUCAAAUUCUCGAUUCUAGCUCUUCUUCUGGAAGUGAUCAUCAUCGUUUUGUUUGGGAUUUUUGUGGACUAUGACAAGGACGGAGAUGUAACUUUAUACCCACUCUUUCAGGAUGUCCAUGUGAUGAUAUUUGUCGGAUUUGGUUUUCUGAUGACCUUUCUGAAGAAAUAUGGAUUCAGCAGUGUUGGUAUCAACAUGUUAAUUGCUGCCUUUGGUCUUCAAUGGGGAAUUCUGAUGCAAGGAUUUUGGCAUACAGAAGAAGGGAAAAUUCACGUCGAUACCAACAGCAUGAUAAAUGCAGACUUCAGCACAGCAGCUGCGUUGAUUUCAUUUGGAGCAGUACUGGGGAAAACAAGCCCUGUCCAGAUGCUGAUCUUGACAAUUCUGGAGAUCACAAUCUUUGCCUGCAAUGAACAUGUAGUUACAGGAAUACUUCAGGCCAAAGAUGUUGGAGGCUCAAUGACUAUCCAUGCUUUUGGAGCUUAUUUCGGUUUGGUCGUAGCCCUAGUCUUGUAUCGUCCUGGUUUGAAAAACAAACAUGAAAAUGAUGAAUCUACGUAUCAUUCGGACAUAUUUGCCAUGAUUGGUACCCUGUUCCUCUGGGUUUUUUGGCCCAGUUUUAACUCUGCCAUUGCACAGAAUAACCAGGCUAGAGCAGCUGUCAACACUUACUUUUCCUUGGCUGCAUGUACCGUUGUAACGUUUGCCCUCUCCAGUCUGGUGGAUCAAAGAGGCAAAUUCAGUAUGGUUCUCAUCCAAAAUGCCACCCUGGCGGGAGGAGUAGCAGUGGGUACCUGUGCUGACAUGUCCAUCCAGCCUUUUGGUGCCAUGUGCAUUGGGAGCAUUUCUGGAAUCAUCUCUGUCCUUGGGUACCACUUCCUGACUCCUUUGUUGGCAUCCAAGCUGAGGAUUCAAGACACUUGUGGUGUUCAUAAUUUACAUGGUUUACCUGGAAUACUUGGAGGUAUCGCUGGCAUCGUAGUAACUGCAUUACACAAGGAAAAUGGGUACCUCUCUCUUCCUGGCAGACAGGCUGCUGCCCUGGGCAUCACUAUUGGAGUGGCACUGGUGGGUGGAGCAUUGACAGGUGGUAUUCUAAAGCUGCCCUUCCUGGGGCAAGCAUCUGACCAGAACUGCUUUGAUGACUCUGUUUAUUGGGAGGUUCCAGAAGAGGAGAAACCACAUGAAAUUCACACCAACAACUACGAUGAGCACAGCAGACUUGAAGAUACUAUGUAG